UUCCUUUUCGACCAGUCCAUUCAUGUGGAGAAGACGGGGUAGCCAUCUUGGACGGGCAGGUUUGAUGAACGAAAACUUUCCGCUCAGAUUUGUCUACUUUGCUGAUAUUUGGCCCAGAAAUUUUAUGCUAAACUAUUAAUAUAUAACCUAAACAAUGAGUUGGCGGGGGCCUCCGCGUGGCCGGGGUAGAGGUAGAGGUAGAGGGCGCGGGAGAGGCCGUGGGGGGUUCUUCCCAAAGCUGGCGCCCACGGCGCUCCCUGUCAAAGCUAAAGAAACCCCUCCGAAGCGAUCGCGCGAUGAAGAACUGGAAAUCAAAGUCAAGCCCUUGCCGGGUCGGGAUGACGAUCGGGAAGACAGUCCCGACUGGAUCGAGCUGCAAAGCCGUGGCAAAGACCGGCGGGAUAGCCGCGAUAGGGGCAAAGAUCACCGCGGCAGCAGCGACAAGUAUGACAAAGCCCCACGAGACGCCAAGGAAAGAGACCGCGAUCGCUCGCACGGGAAAGGCGACAAGUCAGACCGGGAUAGGGAUGAGAGGGGGUCGCGGGGUAGUUCGCACUCGGGCGCCAGUCGCGCUAAAGAAGAGAAGGGCAGUUCCCAGCGCGAGGGAAAGUCACAUAAAGAAUCUCACAGUAAAGAGCCUCCCAAAUCGUCAAAGAAGAAGAAAGAGUCAGGUAGAGAGGCUCGGGACCACAAGGAGUCCACCUCGCGCGGUAGGGAGAAAGACAGGUCCCCGCGUGAUUCCCAUGGGGACAGGAGGGAACAGGAGUCAAAGGGGAGGGAAUAUGAUGAUUACAAGGGUAGGGAGAAGGGAAGGGACGGCAACCGAGACAACAGAACAAGAAAACACGAGGAGCGGCCAAGUACAGGGGAAGGUGGCAAGUCUGUGAUGGACAGACUUGGUCCAGAGAAAAGGGAUAGUGGAGAGUAUGAUAUGUUCACUGGCGGCAGUCGCAGGUCCAGGUCCCCUCUUGAAGAGGGCCUGCGGAUCACUGUUGGCAAUGACCGGUACUGGAGGGAACAAACAGCCAAGAAGCCCCUGGAGGCUCGGCUGGGCCCUCCGCCAGACGACCUUACACCUGACCACAACCCCCCUGAUGUGGAUCGCACGCCUCCGCAUGAUUUUUCCCCUCGUCCGUACCAUACCGACCCUCGGUAUGAAGAUCAAUAUGACAGGCCCAGGGAGCAGGAUCGGUACGAAAAAGGAGGCUACUACAGACGGGAUGAUGAGGUCUACAGCAGACAGGAUGCCUUCUACGAUCGGCCUGGCGAUGGUCGUUCUAGAUCACGGUCUGAUUCUCGUUCACCCAGGCGUGACUCAUAUGAUGACCGAGAUGAUCGCUACUCCCACAGAAAGGAAGGCAGUAGUUCUUCUCGAGGGAAGAGAGACUACAGGGAGGAGAAGAGGGGAGACAAGCCACCACAGAGAGAAAAGUACUAUGAAAAGGAGAAGUAUGAGAGAGACAGAUACAAGGAGGAAAAGUACUUGGAUGACAACAGGGAAAGUGGUCGGGGUCACUCCUUGGAGAGGAAGGAGGAGCAACAAAAAAUGUUUCUGCCAUCUCAGUGGGGCAGACAUGAAGAAUCUCAUUACCCAGAGUUGGACAAGGCCCGCGAGGCAGCCAGGAGAGCAGAGGAAGAACUUCAAAAGUAUGGCAUUAUUGUUGGCAAGCAGAAAAGAGAGGAGAUGGCUGAAGCAAUCCGAAUGGGCGAAGGUAGCGCUUUACGUGCACUGCAAGAUUUAAUUCCAGGUUUCCAAGCAGGUGCUUCAAACCAGCCUCCGCCAUCUCAGAUGGAACAACUGCCACCUGAUACUUUUGACCAAAGACAACAACCAAUGCCCAGGUCAGAGCCUCCACCAUACCAGCGACCUCCUGUCUCCCAAAGUUCUGACAGGCCUCCUUUUGGUGCAUCGUCAGCAAAGCUGGGCAUUCCUGGCAUGAAUGCCUACGAACAAACUGGACAGUCACAGCCACCACCUCCACAAGCGAAGCCUAAAAAGUCGAUUUUGAAAAAUCGUUCUGAGCCUCCACCUCAGUCAAGUACAGACAGCUAUGGCCCAGGAGAAGCGUAUGGACAACCACCCAAAAGAAAGGAAGGUGGCAUCCCAGGAUUGUUUGAUGCCCCUCAGUCAAGUUCAGGGGACUUCUUUGCUAGACUGGGUGGGCUAAACACAGGCAACCUAUUUGGGUCGGAAAAGAGGGAGGAGAAACUUCCACUCAUUGACACUAUAGAGGAUGAGGAGCUCUUUCUAUAUGGGGAUGAAGAAAAGAAGAAAGAGCCUGAGCCAGAACCUUAUGUCCCGACUCCAACAUCUACCGCACCUCCCAUCCAGACAGUUGCCUCCAUGCAGGCACCACAACCUCCGAUGGACAUUCCACCGCCAAGUGUUCCUAGCGCCGCCGAUCUCAGCAACGACAAGCUGAGGAACAUCCUUCAAUCCAUCGGGUUCGAUUUUGAAAAGUCACAGAGAAGCCAGCAGGCUGGCCCUCCCAGGAUGGAGGAUGACAGGAAUGUGAGGGAGCAGCAUUCUCAGCACAGAAGGAGGAGUAGGAGUAGAAGCCGGAGCCGCAGUGGCAGCAUGUCGCCUGGUCGUUACAGAAAGGAAUCAAGCCAUGGAAGGGACAGAUGGGAGUCGAGCUAUGGGAGAGACAAGGACCGCCGUGAGUCCAGCAGAGGAAGAGACCGAAGAGACAGAUCGUACAGUCCAGACCGUGACAGGAGAGACAGCCGAUAUGUUGGGACCGGGAUGUACAAGAGGUCAUCUGCCGUUGAUGACCUGUUGGCCCUGGCAUCUGCACCCAGCACCAGCCACUACACUUCAGCGACAACUUCUCAUCCUCCUUUCCCUCCUCCAGUCAGUGGUGCUCCUCCUUACCCCCCUCCCUACGGACAUCCGCCCAAUCAGCCGCCAUAUCCUGGACCACCAACGUCAGGAUACCACCAACCGAACUAUCCCCCUCCAGCAGGAUAUGGCCCUUAUGGAGGGUUUGACCCACGUGGACCUCCCCCACCCCAACCCUGGCCCCUGCAACAAGGCGGCCCUCCACCCCACAGUGGCCCAAUGCCUCCUAGGGGACCACUGAUACCAGGGGGCCCACCUCCCCUAGGAGGCCCACCACCUCCAGGAGGGCCUCCUCCUCCUCCAGGGACUCAGCAGGAUUCUAGAGCUAAUCUGAGAACCAUCCCAAUUCAGAAGAAAGAGGAUGACAAGAAAUCUGGGGGUGAGAGCGAACAGAAGCCAAAGUCAAACAGGAUCGUCAUUCCCCCACGCUCUGCACAACAAAGGCAAAAGGAUGAGGAAGCUCAAAAACAGGAGCAGGCAAGAAAAGACAAGGAGCUUGCUGAGAAGCAGGAGAGUUUCCUUGAGAAGCAGCGUCAGGAGAAGGCCCGCCAGACCCAGCUGAAGGAAAGGAAAGACCGCAUCAAGAAGAGGAUUGAGUUCCUGGAAGAGGAGCUUGAGAGGCUGCGAAAGCAACAGGGCGAGCUACUGCGCAAGAAACGGAGACAGAAAGACGGCCACAAGGAUCCGCUGCUUGUGGAGAACAGCAAGCUCCAGGAGGACAUUGCCAAACAGAUCUCAGAGCUUCGGAAGCAAGCAGAGGAAGUUGCUGCAGUCAGUAUACCAGGGCUUGACACAGGGUCAUCAGACGACAAGACUACAAAGGCGGCAUCAGCCGAGCCGUCGUCGCCAGUGAAGAAGCCAGCGCCCCCAGCAGUUGUGAAGACAGAACAAGACAACACAUUCUAUGACUUCUUUGAUCCUGGGAACCACUGGUGCAAACCCUGCAACCAGAUAUUCACCAACCUGCUGGAGUUCCUCAACCAUACCCACAGCCGCAAGCAUCUACAGCACAUUGAUCCAUACGAGCGCCCGUGGAUGCCAGACUCUCUCAGGACGGAGCGGAAGGCGCGACCUAAUUCAAAUUUCGUAGUGGUGCCGGUGCAAGGUCCCGAGUUCCUGAUGCCCGUGAUGGGUUUCUACUGCCAGCUCUGUGAAGAGUUCUCAGGGGACCAGAUUUGUGCUGAAGACCACAUCAAAACUGACAAGCACCGGCUCAGCUACAAGAAACACCUGGAUGCAAAUCCAUUCUACGAGCGACGUCGCAACUUGGACAAAGCAGCGGGAAUGGCUGUCAUCGAGGAAAUCAACCGCCGCAAAGAGGAAGAAAAGCGACAAAAGGAGAGGGCAGAGAUGAAAGAAUGGAGACAUGAGGAGCAAGAAAGAAAACGCAAAAGACUGGAACAACAGGAAAAAGUUCUGGACGAAAAGAAGAGAAAGCUCAUUGAGAAAGAAAAGAAGAAGGAAGAAAAAGUGCAAGAACUUGAUGCAGAUGCAUCCAAGCAUGCGCCCUCUACACCAAGCACACCAUCAGGUACAAGCAAAGCUGGCAUAAAGUUGACUCUAGCAGGGGACAAAGGGGAAGCAAAGCCUCAGCCAUCUGGGUUUGGAAAGUUCACUUGGAAACCUGGACAGGCUGGCCCAAAUGGGAAGGGAACUUCAACCCCUACUGGCUCUUCAGGGAGGCACACUCCAACCUCUGAGGAUGGAAAGUCGAGUCCUGGUGGAACCAGCAGCUCAGGUAAGACUUCAGUGAUGAUGACACGGAAGAUUCCCAAAGUCCCAACAGUGCAGGCCAGGCCCAUUCCCACCUUAACAACCAGCUUGCCGCUUCGCAAGGCCAAGCCUGAGAAACCAGACAGACAUUCCGAGAGGUCGGUCCUGCCCGUAACAAGCCAAAAGGGCAAGUCGGAACCACAGAAGCUGCCCAGUCAGGAGGAGAUACAGAAGGCGUUCGGUACCCAGGGUGCUGGAGAUUCUCAUGGCGGUGGAGCUGCCAAACGAAGAAAGGAAAACUCACCAGAGCCGCCCGUCCCUGGAACAGAAGACUGGCCUGCCCGUCACACUCCAUCAUCCACUCAGACUAAAAGGGGGGCAAGAAAUGAUGGGCCAGCCAGCUGAAGGGACUAGCUUAGGUGUAAGCAGAGGAAGAAAGAUGCAGGCAGUGAUGGAAGUGGUGUAUCCAUGGAGAUGGGGAGUGACUAUGAGGUCCUUGAUGACAUAGCUGACUAGGACCAGGAUUUAGUGAAGACAGAUUGGACUGGACUCGAAAACUUUCAUCAUGGCAUGCAAAGUUUGCUUCAUCAAACUCCUGUGUUUGCAAUUGAAACCAAUAUUUGUUAAACCUUUUACAUUGUGAACUGUGAAAACUGGCAAGAAACAGUCUGUCAAAUGCUUUGUACUUUCUAAAGCUGUACCUCUGCUUGUGGUUGCCUGGCGAUCACCUUAUACAAUAUCCCUUCACACCUUUCUUACCAGUGUCAGACCAUUUAACUGUCAGUUGUAAUUGUAUAUCCUGUUUGCAAAUACUUGUGAUUGUUGUAAUUAGGAGGUCAGACAUUGUUGUCAGAUGUUAGUUUUGACUGUAAAACAGCCAGUUGCAGCCUACUUGAUGAGUUAAUGAAAUUGUCACAGUUAACUAUCUUCAAGUUGAUAAGUAGAAGAUAUUUGUCACUGUGUCAUUCAUCCUCUUUUUUUUAAACAAACUUUUAUUCAAUGUUAUUUCCUUUUUUGUUGGAUUCGAACACCACAGCUGAUACUUGAAAAAUUGUAUUGAACUUAGUAGUUGAUGUAUAAAGUUGUGAAUGCUCAAGUGUUGUCAGUUUAGUAUGUUAGCACGAGAGGAAGCAACGGGCAAGUAAAGGAACCUCAUUUGAAGACCAAGAGGCAACAUGCGGCGGUGACAAAGAGGAAGGAGAAAUCACUCAUCUGGAAACAAUGUAGUUUGUAUGCAGCAUGUGUCCUGUCUUGUUGUUUUUGCAUUAAAAUGUUUACAACUUUA